AUGCCUUCUUCCAUAUCAGCCCAUUUCUUUUUCUCAGGCAUCAGAUCAUCUUUGAAGGGGUAUCUUUCUUUUACAGCUAACAACAUCCGUUUCCAGAGGGUGAAGGCCUGGUUCUGGCAUGUACUAAUGCCUCUGUCAAUGGCUGAGUCCCUAGCAAUGCCACCCAGUUGCCAGCAGCCAGCUUCGGGUGUAGCCUAUUCCCAUCCAACUACAGUUGCUAGCUACACUGUCCACCAGGCACCAGUUGCUGCGCACACAGUUACUGCAGCCUACGCACCAGCAGCAGCUACAGUUGCAGUAGCCAGGCCUGCUCCUGUGGCUGUUGCAGCUGCUGCAACAGCUGCUGCAUAUGGAGGCUAUCCUACAGCGCACACAGCUACAGAUUAUGGUUAUACACAGAGACAACAAGAAGCUCCACCACCACCACCUCCUGUCACUACGCAGAAUUACCAGGAUUCCUAUUCUUAUGUUCGAUCUACUGCCCCAGCUGUAGCUUAUGACAGCAAACAAUAUUAUCAACAGACGACAGCAACUGCUGUAGCUGUGGCUGCUGCUGCCCAGCCUCAACCUUCAGUAGCUGAAUCAUACUACCAGACAGCUUCAAAAGUAGGAUACAGCCAAGGGGCAACUCAAUAUACCCAAGCCCAGCAAACACGACAAGUGACAGCUAUAAAACCUGCAACCCCAAGUCCAGCAACAACUACUUUUUCCAUAUAUCCAGUAUCUUCUACUGUGCAGCCAGUAGCAGCUGCAGCUACUGUUGUUCCAUCCUAUACUCAAAGUGCAACAUACAGUACAACAGCAGUUACUUACUCUGGUACCUCUUAUUCUGGCUAUGAAGCUGCAGUGUAUUCAGCUGCAUCGUCCUAUUACCAGCAGCAGCAGCAACAGAAACAAGCGGCGGCAGCAGCAGCUGCUGCUGCUGCUGCAACAGCUGCUUGGACAGGGACCACCUUUACUAAAAAGGCACCAUUCCAAAAUAAGCAACUGAAACCAAAACAACCUCCCAAACCACCCCAGAUCCACUACUGUGAUGUUUGUAAGAUCAGCUGUGCUGGACCACAGACUUACAAAGAACAUUUAGAAGGCCAGAAACACAAAAAGAAAGAAACAGCAUUAAAAGCUUCCCAGAACACCAAUAACAGCAGCACUUCUGCUCGUGGAACUCAGAAUCAGUUGCGCUGUGAGCUUUGUGAUGUGUCUUGUACAGGAGCAGAUGCAUAUGCUGCCCAUAUUCGAGGAGCCAAGCAUCAGAAAGUAGUAAAAUUGCACACAAAACUUGGCAAACCCAUUCCUUCAACUGAACCAAAUGUGGUUACCCAGGCUACUUCCUCAACAUCCACAUCUGCUUCCAAACCAGCUGCCUCUGCUUCAAAUGUGGCAACUAGCAGCAGUACUGUGAACUCCUCUGUUGCAUCCUCUGCAGUGAAAAUUCUUACUCCUGUGGGAAACACACCACUUAACAUGGCAUCCAACAACAAAACAUCUUCAAUCACUGCUAAUAUAGCUGUAAAGAAAACAUCUACACCAAAAAUAAACUUUGUUGGCAAGUACAGAAGUGGUAAUAAGCUUCAGACAACAGGAAGUAAACUGGAAGAAACAAAAUCAGUUGAAAGUGUUAAAACAACUCCUGUUGCCACGAUACAAACACAAGAAGUAAAACCAGACACAGCAACUGAACCAGGGACUCCUACAACUAUUGCUGCCUUGCAAAGUGAUGUCCAGCCUGUGGGCCAUGACUAUGUGGAAGAGGUAAGAAAUGAUGAAGGAAAGGUGAUCCGCUUUCACUGUAAACUUUGUGAAUGCAGUUUUAAUGAUCCUAAUGCCAAGGAGAUGCACUUAAAAGGGAGGCGACACAGACUUCAGUAUAAGAAAAAAGUAAACCCAGAUCUACAAGUAGAAGUAAAGCCCAGUAUUCGAGCAAGAAAAAUUCAAGAAGAAAAGAUGAGGAAACAGAUGCAGAAAGAAGAAUACUGGAGAAGGAGAGAAGAGGAAGAACGCUGGAGGAUGGAAAUGAGACGAUAUGAAGAAGAUAUGUACUGGAGGAGAAUGGAGGAAGAGCAGCAUCACUGGGAUGAUCGUCGCAGAAUACCAGAUGGAGGAUAUCCUCAUGGUCCUCCAGGACCUCUCGGCCUGCUGGGAGUUAGACCAGGAAUGCCUCCUCAGCCCCAAGGACCAGCUCUUCUACGCCGCCCUGACUCCUCUGAUGACCGCUAUGUGAUGACCAAACAUGCAACAAUAUAUCCAACAGAGGAGGAACUGCAGGCAGUCCAAAAAAUUGUUUCUAUUACUGAGCGUGCUUUGAAACUUGUUUCUGACAACAUGACUGAACAUGAAAAGAACAAGAGCAAAGAGGGAGAUGAUAAAAAAGACAGCAGUAAAGACAGAGCUUUGAAAGGAGUUUUACGGGUAGGCGUUUUGGCUAAAGGUUUGUUGCUCCGUGGAGACAAAAACGUCAAUCUUGUUCUGUUAUGUGCUGAGAAGCCUUCAAAGGCUUUACUCAGCCAUAUUGCUGAAAGUCUUCCCAAACAACUCGCAGUAAUAAGUCCUGAGAAAUAUGAUAUCAAGUGUGCAGUCCCAGAAGCAGCAAUAAUUUUAAAUUCAUGUGUGGAACCCAAAAUGCAAGUUACUAUCACACUGACAUCUCCAGUCAUUCGAGAGGAGAACAUGAGGGAUGCAGAUGUAACCUCGGGUAUGGUGAAAGAUCCACCGGACGUCUUGGACAGGCAAAAAUGCCUUGACGCUCUGGCUGCUCUACGCCACGCUAAGUGGUUCCAGGCUAGAGCUAAUGGUCUGCAGUCCUGUGUGAUUAUCAUACGUAUUCUUCGUGACCUCUGUCAGCGUGUUCCAACUUGGUCUGAUUUUCCAAGCUGGGCUAUGGAGUUGCUUGUGGAAAAAGCAAUCAGCAGCGCUACUGGACCACAGAGUCCUGGGGAUGCACUUAGAAGAGUUUUUGAGUGUAUAUCUUCAGGAAUCAUCCUUAAAGGUGGUCCUGGCAUUCUGGACCCUUGUGAAAAAGAUCCUUUUGAUGCACUUGCUGUAAUGACAGAUCAGCAACGAGAGGAUAUUACUUCAAGUGCACAGUUUGCACUGAGACUCCUUGCGUUCCGUCAAAUUCACAAAGUUUUAGGAAUGGAUCCAUUACCACAGAUAAAUCAACGCUUCAACACCCAUAACAAUCGUAAAAGGAGAAGGGACAGUGAUGGGGUUGAUGGAUUUGAAGCAGAGGGAAAAAAAGACAAAAAAGAUUACGAUAACUUUUAAAAAAGUUUGUCAUGUGGGCUAAGUUUGGAGAUAAUAGAAAGUCCAUUUGUCGCCUUACUUUUUCUCCAUUCAUAAUAGUGUCAGUUUAAAACAUCCAAAACCAACUUGAAAAUUAGAUUCAGAAAAGAACAACCUAGCCAUUCUAUGAGAUUCUGAACAUUCUAAUGGAUGUGCUUUAUCAGAAAAAAUUAUGGAUGGAAAAACUACAAAUGGAAACUCUGUUAUUGGAAAAAAAAUAGUUUGAGGCUUUUUCCCCUUACUUCAUUUUCUUUAAAAGGGCUACUAAUUAUAAUAAGUACUCUCCGUUUUCUUUCUUGUUUCUGUUAACAAGAACAUUACCUUACCUUGACUGUAUUUAAUACAACAUAUGUGCUUCUGUUGCUAAAAUGUCAAAAUACAUAUAUUUAGAAGAUUUUUUUCACUUAUCCUUGACACUAGUUGUAUAAGUUACUUUGUGUUAUACAGUGUAAUACUAUAACAUGAUAGAAAACAGCAAUAACAAUGGAAUAGCAGAGUCCAAGGCUGUAACAAAUGAGAAUAAGCCGAAGUGCAACAAGCACAUCUACAACCCCCACCCAUUCAAAAGACCUGAAAUAGGCAGGGAUCUCCAAAGAAAUACCUUUACCUCCACUGCCAAACCUUAAAUGAGGUCUAGGAGAGGUUGGAUCCUGGCUCUACCCAUUCUAGUCCAUUACUUGCACCUGAGCUCCUUUGGGCCCUGCCUUCCCACCAGGUGCUCCAUCACUGUUUCAGGCUAUGACUUAGCAUUUCUGCUACGGAUAGUAUAAACUAUUCCUCUCCCAAAUAAUGUGUUACAGAAGGUUUUGGGUUUUGUUUUUUUUUUUUUUUUUUUUUUUUGGUAAUAUGAAACCGCAGGAGUAUGUGGGGUUUUUUUGUUUUGUUUUGUUUUUUUUUUUUUUUUUUUUCACAUGAAGGAGUUUCAACAUAAUUAUCCUGGCAUUUGAGAGAAUCAGAACUAUGUAUUUUUACUAAUCUUGUGGCAUUUGUUGUCUUAGUGUGAUAUAAUGGUGCAAUUAAGACAAAUUUGUGUUACUCUAAUCAAGUUUGCUGUUUGUUGUGCAUUAGUAUAAAAGCUAAUAUAUUAAGUAUGGUCUUGCAACGGUUUUAAAGCAGCUGCAUAAUUGAUCAAAGUUUUGCAUAAUAUUUUUGUUUAUAAAUCUAUCAUUUUAGGUUAAAUGUGUAGUUUUUUGUCUGAUUGACUUUGUGACAUAGCAAGGUCAAAAAGUAACUUACUGAAUUUCUUUUCACAACAUAUAAGCAGAAGUGGGCAUUUUCCAUUUGGAAAAAGUUAGUCAUUCUUUUCAAUCAACUUUGUCAAUAUUAUAUUAAUGUCUCUCAGCCCUUAAAAAAAAAAAAGUUUGUCAUAGCAGUCCCUAUGAGUUUAUUCCUUAUAGUUAUUCUUGUAUAAUUUUUUUUUCAAUGAUUCUAAUUUUAAAAGUAUUACUAAAUGGAGGAAAAAAAACCAAAACUAUUUGAUGUGACCGUAGUGUAUGCUUAUGUCUCUUUCAAAAAGCUAAACAUAGCAGUGGUGUAAGUAAAGUUACAUCAUAAUGUUGAUGUAUGCUCUAGUACACAGGUGUGAUUUGUUGUCACAGCACUAGUGUUACACACCAAUAAAAACUAAAAUUUUUUAAAUUACUAAAAUUCAUUAAAGACUGGAAACUGAAGUUUCACUUAUUCUGUUCAAUGUCUAUUAUACUUCAUUACAAAAUUAUUAAACACAGUUUAACAUAGACUAACAUUCCAGUAACUACACAGGUCGCUCUAAAAGUAAUGCCUCCUUUUUAUUUCCAUGGAAACUAUAAUACAAGGAGCACAGUGUGUAAUAGAGCAAAUUCUCAGCUAGAAAACACUGUUUUUCAGUACAGUCACCGCUAUUAGCUAUGCAUUUUUGCCAACGAUGAACAAGAGCCUACAUGCUGCACUUUGAACAAUCUGCAACAGUGGAGGUGACUCACUUGUUCCACAGUGGCUAUGACAGCAUUGUUGCUGAAAUGCACGACCCAGUGCUCUGUCACCCUCGCUGUAAAGUAGUUCCUAUGAACUUUCUAUAGAACUUACUAUGUUCCA